AUGUCAAACCCGGAUAAUUCAGGUCCUCUAUUCGAGCGUAUAAAUAUCGCUUUCUUCACAAUAGCGGGCACUUCCUUUGCAUUGAGGGUUUAUGUACGCGCUAUUCUGAUAAAUGCAUUUGGAAAAGAUGAUUAUUGGAUGACAGCUGCAAUGGCGGCGUAUAUAGCCAAUACCACAAUCGCCAUUCUGAGUGUGAAGUAUGGCGUGGGGCAGCAUAUAUGGCUUAUAAAGCCAGAAGAUAUCACGAUGGCCUUGAAGCUCACGUAUGCAAGCGAGAUAACAUACGGAACGACGAUGAUACUUACAAAAAUGUCCAUCGCAGCGUUUCUAUUGCGAGUGACGCCGCAUAAAAUCCACCGACAUAUCAUAUAUACUGCCGCAGCACUAACCUGCGCUGCCGGCUUGACUUUAGUCUUCAUCGUCAUGUUCCAAUGUAAACCAGUGUCACUAUUCUGGUAUAGAGAUCAGCCCGGAUCAUGUUUGCCGAUAGGCGCAAUUACUACCAGUCUAUACUGUUAUAGCGCUUUCGCUAUCUUAACCGAUUUCACCUUUACAUUGCUACCAUUAUAUCUCAUCUGGAAACUUCAAAUGGACAUGAAAUCCAAGAUAGUCCUCGGCCCGGUCAUGUGUAUGGCAUUCAUGGCAAGCCUUGCCGUUAUCAUUCGGCUUCCUUACGUUAGCGAAUUCAAGAAAGACGAUGUUCUAUACGCCACUAUUGAUUUUGCUAUAUGGUCAGCAGUUGAGCAAAGUCUGGCAAUCACAGCGGGCAGUUUAGCUACGCUUCGUCCGUUGCUCCGUAGGGUAUCGAGUCGGUUCAAGUCUUUAAGAGCGUCGUUGUGGAAUAGUGCAGAUAGCACAACUGCCCAUAGCAAUGACUCUGCCACGGCGCAACUCACUACACACCGACCGGAUGAGUUCAAACUUCAAACUCGAAAUCCAUAA